CGGAGUCUUCGCGCGGCCGGAUAGUCGGAAGGUUCGACCUUGGGCUCGAACGUUCCGGGGAGAAGCACGCGACAACGGAGCGGAAUUCUCAGCGGUUACCCUCGCGACGGUGGUCGGUCCGUCUGAAACCGUAGGCUGGUGCACGAGCCCUGUUUACGUUGGUAUAAGUUUGGAUAUCUGCACGCGACUCUUCUUUUUUUCCCCCUCUACGAAAGCAAACUUCGCUCGCGGAGGGAGGUGUCGACCACACGUUCGAGAUGGAGAGGGAUCGGCCGCGCUGCGUCGCGUGAGCUGUUCCGGUGGAAUGUGGCUGUCCCGUCCCGUGCGAGCCCCGCGGGAUCCUCGGGGAUGCGUGCUACGGGGGGUCCACCUCUGAACACCGCUUUGGCUCGUGCAUACGCUUAGUAGGCUGUUCGUCACCGUUUUACGCACACAAGAAAAGUUAGUUUACGCGUCGCGUGACGCGCGCAGCGGUCCAAGCCUGCAUCAGUAACAGGAGCAACUAUUCCUCGCUCAGCGGACGGCGCGUGCGACUGGCUCCGUGUCUCCAUCACCUGGAGUUCGGAAUGCGGUGUUCUGCGCGAGCUUGGGCUUGGAGCACGGGGAGCCGUCACGGCGCGGGUGAGUACAGCGCGCGGGGGAGGACUCCGCUGUGAAGAGCUAUUGCGCAGUUCUUAAAGAGAAGGCGAGCACGAGCGGAACCUUCGCAUCCACCGGACCGGACCGAACAUGUCCGCUAAAGAGAACCCGUGCCGGAAGUUCCAGGCCAACAUCUUCAACAAAAGCAAGUGCCAAAACUGUUUCAGACCGCGCGAGUCGCACCUGCUGGAUGACGAGGACUUCGCUCAGGCUAAUCCUAUAUAUGGAGGAUGGCUGCUUCUGGCCCCAGAUGGAACAAACUUUGAGAACCCAUUGCACCGCUCUCGGAAAUGGCAAAGACGAUUUUUCCUCCUUUAUGAACACGGACUCUUACGAUACGCUUUGGAUGAGAUGACAAGUACUCUUCCUCAGGGCAUUAUAAACCUGAAUGUGUGUGUGGAUGUGGUGGAUGGAGAGAGCACUACUGGACACAAACACUCCCUCUGCAUCUGCACUCCAGACCAGGAGCACUACAUACGCGCAGAGAGCAAGGAGGUCAUCACUGGUUGGCAGGAGGCUCUAAUUGUGUUCCCUCGCACUAAUAAACAGAACCAGAAGAAGAAACGGAAGGUUGAACCACCAUCAUCACAGGAGCCAGGCCCUGCUAAGGUAGCAGUGACCAGUAGCAGUAGUCUGGGUUCUCUGGGUAACGGUGUGGGCCAAGCAGAGGGGGCGGAGCCAGCGCGAGCCUCCGUCUGGGCUGAAGACCACAGGAAGAGAGCGCCACUCACAGCCAGCCGCAGUGUGAGCUGCCUGAGUCAGGCUUCAGAGGAUUCCAGGUUUGUGAUUGGAGGACGCAAGCCAAGAGUAGAGAGUGGUUACUUCUCACUGGAAAAAACCAAACCUGAAGAACAGCAACAACCCCUGCAACCUCAGCACCUUCCUCUCUCCUCCUCUUCCUCUCAGCUGAGGCGUUCUCAGGUGAUCGAGCGGUUUGAGACACAGCAGGCAGAUGCGAUGGAAAACAUGGACACCAGCAGCUCUUCCACAGAACCGUCCUCUUCCUCGUUCAAGCCCACUCAUCAGAGGACAGGACGCAGUGAGAGACGUCUCCCCACCCAGAAACAGGACCUGUCAUUGGACGUGGGGCGUGCAGAGCCCGUCGUGACCACGCUGGCCAGCUGUCGCAGAGCCAAGAGUCUCGACCGGCGGGUCACGGAGUCGUCCAUGACGCCUGAUCUGCUCAACUUUAAGAAAGGAUGGAUGACCAAACUGUACGAAGACGGUGUGUGGAAGAAGCAUUGGUUUGUUCUGACUGAUCAGAGUCUGAGAUAUUACAGAGACUCCAUUGCUGAGGAGGCUGCAGACCUUGAUGGAGAGAUCGAUCUGUCCACUUGUUAUGAUGUCACAGAAUUCCCAGUGCAGCGGAACUAUGGCUUCCAGAUCCAUAGUAAGGACGGAGUGUUUACCCUGUCUGCUAUGACUUCUGGGAUACGACGUAACUGGAUACAGGCCAUGAUGAAGAGUGUGCGGCCGACCAUCACGCCCGACGUCACACGGAAAAACGUCUCUCUCAAACUUUCUGUUCUCAAACCCAGUUCUCUCCCACAAGAACAGAGAGCAAACCUUGACUUGACAAAGCCGACCCCAGAGAUCUCCCAGACUACUCACACCCCUAAGGUUGAAGUUCAAAGGUCCUGUGAUGUCACAGGAGACUCAGCCUCACCCCACGAGCAGCGGAAGACCCGGGUUCGUGACCGCAGGCGUGAAGGGAGGUCCAAAACCUUCGACUGGGCGGAGUUUCGCCCGGGACAGGCUAAGGAGGAGCCUGAGCGACCCACGAGGGAGAGGGUGGAGACUUUAGAUAUAAGCUCCUCCUCCUCUCCAUCUUCUGUUUCCUCGCCGGUCUCCUGCUCCGUCUCGGGGCCGAUCCCUGGAUCCCACUCUGAGCAGGAAGAGGAAAUGGGGCAGGACGGACAUCACUGCUUUCAUCCAUCGCUGUCUCUGCCUUCCACAAUGGCUGCUGCUGUUGCAACAGUGACAGACGGCCAGCGCCAGCGCCCCCUAGAGGAGCCGCAGGGGCAGGCGCACGACCGGCCCCAGAUGGAGGUGGACAGUGCAGCUGGAGUGGGAGGGGUCAGUGGACCCCGAGGAGGCAAUGAGAAGCCGGACGUACAGGUGGAGAUUGAGCAAAGGUGGCACCAGGUGGAGACCACGCCCCUCAGGGAGGAAAAACAGGUGCCAAUUAUAGGCAGUGCUGCUCAUCUGUCCCCUGGAGACAGAACCCCUCCACAGGAGCUAGCUGCCCGAUUGGACAAAGAGUUAGGGCAGACACAGAGGGAGUUAGCAAGACUCCAGGAAGAGAACAGUCACCUUCACGAGCAGUUACAGGACGCUCGCAGCCGCGAGCACAGUGCCCGGAGCACCACUGUAGCCGGACAGCCUUCAUCCGCAACACCCUCUUCAGCCUCACCUCAACAAGCUCCAUGGCAACGUCUCAGCAAACUGAACCAGGAACUGAAGGCGGAGCUGGACGCCCAGCGAAGGAAGCAAGAUCUGUCCAGUCAGCAGGUCCACACCCUGAGGCGGAGCUACAGCGAAGCCCAGGACGUCAUUGGCCAUCACGAGGCCGAGAUCGAGGCAUUGCAGGCCAAGCUUGCGUCGGCCAUGGCAGAAACGGUGGCCGGCGAGCAAGUGCUGGCGCGCAUGCGCAGCGAGCUGAGGCUGGAGCAGGCGCGUUGCCGCGAGCGCGAGGAGGACCGCGCUCGCAACGAGGCCACGCUACGCGCGCAGCUGCGUGAUAGCGAGGAGCGUCUCCGCGAGGUGGAGGCCACCCUGCUGGAGAAGAACCAGGCCCUGCGACAGCUGGAGAGACAGCAGGCACUACAGAGGGACCAGGAGAGUGAAGUCCAGAGGCUGCAGGACAAGCUGACGGAGGUCACCGGCCACCUCCUCGCCGCCGAGGAGGCGCAGGCUUUGAGGGAGGAGCGGGAGAGGAAGGAACAGCGGCACCUGGAGGAGAAACACCAGAGGGAGCGUCUGGGUCUCACCCGCAGGCUGGCGGAGUCGGAGGAGAGGAGGCACGAGGUGCAGGACCAUCUGCAGGAGGCGCAGGAGCAGUUGGAGGCGCUGUUGAAAAGGGGUGGGGAGCAGGUGGGGUCGGAGGUCAGGGAGGAGGUGGAGCUCCUGCAGCGGGAGCUGAGCCAGCGCAGCAGCGCGGUGGAGGUCUUGAGGGAGAGUGUUGCGAGGUUGGAGGAGGAGAAAAACCUCCUGGCCUGUCGAUGCCAGGAGCUGGUGAACCAGAUCACGGAGGCCGACAGGGAGGUGGCAAAGCUGAAGCAGAGAGUGCAGACGGAGGAGGAGGACUACUACUCCCUGGAGCGCUCGUACGGGCGCGUCUCCGAGGAGCUGGCCGAGGUUGGCCGCGUGCUGCGGAAGAAGGAGGAGGAGGUGCAGCACCUGAAGGAGAUGUACGAGCUGCUGGUGCAGCGCAAGGAAGAGGACCUGAAGGAAGCCUGCGACAAGAUGGCCACCCUCGGGAGCAGCCUGGAGGAGGCGGAGCACCGUCUGCAGGUGAAGGCGGAGCUUCUCUCCCAGGCGGGGCAUGAGAAAACGGAGCCCUGCGAGGCGGAGCGAGAGCUGAAGGAGAAGCUGGUGGUAGCGGAGGAUCGGAUUGCCGAGCUGGAGCGGCUCCUGGAGGCGCUGCGGCUGGGAUACGCAGACCUCAGGACGGAGCGACGGCGGUCCGAGGAGAACCUUCUCCACACGGCAGUGGGAGAAGCAUGGCGCCACAUCUCCCAUCCCACCACCUCGUUGACUCUUGCAAGGAGCAGCUCGGAGACAGAAGUGUCUCUCGCAAAGCGGCAGAGAAUCCGAUUCGCCAACAUUCAGUGUCAAAAAUAUCAUCAGUCGCAAGGAACGGAGCGGUUCCAGGACCUCACGCAAGACACCAGACCAGUCCAGGAUCUGACCCAGGACAGCAUCCAGUCUCACAGCGGCACGGAGAAAUUCAUAUCCAUCAUCCAGGGGCUGGAGAGUCAGCUCCGAGCCACGGAGAAGAAGUUGCGAGACAUCGCUGCGAAGACGCAGAACCGGCAAACGCAGGCAGACGCUGCCGAAGACCAGCCAGAACAGGAAGCACCAGGAAGCGGUAGCACCAGCCUGGAGUACCAGAAAGCCUUGGUGUUUGUGGAGACGUGCAGGCGAAAGUUGAGGGACAUUCUUAGCAGUCAGGCUGACGGCAGCGCUGCAGAAGCUCAGGUUCAGGCUCUGGAGGAAAUUGGCCAAGACUUGCUCAGUGCUGCCUUACACACUCAUCAGCUUGACAGACCACUUGAAAAGGUAGACGAUCGCUUGAUAAAGCUGUUCGCCCGGAUGUUGGCCUUCGAGGGCAUCGUGUUGGAGAAGAUGGCGUUUUCUCUGCAAGAUCCAAAAUCGGAUCUAAUGCAAAGUCUUGCUGAGAUACACAGACAUGCUGAUGACAUGAAGAAAAGCCACCAGGGUUACCUGUCGAUGGUUUACAUCGACCUCCUGGCACAAAAGUUCCUGCUUGAGAGAAUGCUAGUGGAGGACCUGGAGAAACAUCAGCAGGUCUCCAGAGACAGCGCAGACAGCGUGCAGGCACUUAGGGAUGGUGUUGUAGAUGAGAACCUUCUUCACAGUGCCUGCUUCAGUGUCCAACUUGCCUACGAGUUUGAGGAGCUCCAGAGGCACCUGCUUAAGGCAAACGAGGCCAUGCAGCAGAGGGCUGAUGUGGUGAAGGAGGCGGUUAGUGCAUUAAACGCUCCCGAGACCACGUGCUCAGAGCAGAUUGAGAGACAAGAAGCAGAGAUUCUCACUAAAGAAAUUGUAGAGAGACAUUUAGUGGUAGCUUUGCAGUCUUCUGACAGGGAUGCGGUACCGUCCCUGCAGGCCGAGCGAGAGGGUUUUGUUGCUGAGCUAAGGAGACAAGCUGAGGUUCUGCACUGCCUGUCCCAACAGGUAGAGAGGACCGCCGAGGAAGGUAGCAGCAUAGUCCGCUCUGGAUUUGCAGAAAAAAUCCAGGCCUUCUUGGGACCCAGUGACACGGGAACUCGUACAUGUGAUUCCCUCUGCAUGCAGGAGGCCUUGGUUCAGGCACAGGUAGCAUACGUCGCCUGCAGGCUUCGGGCCGACCACCAGAGGGAGCUGUCGCUGUGCCGGGAGACCAGUCACGGCAUGGCCAGCUUAGUGCAGGAGCACGCCCAGAGCGUAGCAACCAUCCGCCAGCGUUACCAGAGGAGCCUGGACCAGGAGCGGCUCAGCUUUGCCGAGACCCUGACCUCCCUACAAGACGAGAACGGAGCACUGCGAGGGGAGGUGGAAGAGCUCAGGAGCAGACACGUGGAGGAGCUGGCUCGGGCGGAGCUGGAACACGGCACGCUGGAGACGGAGGGAGCAGAGCUGAGGCACGAGGAUCGCAUCCGAAAACUGGAAGAGGAAUUCCGAGAGAAAAUCCAGCAGCUGGAAAGGGCGCACCAGGAAGAGAUCCAGAAAGUCCACGAGCGUUACACCGAGACCAUCCGCUCUCUCGGAGAGAGAUUUGAGACAACGGAGGAGGAGGAGGGCACGUGCCCUAUGGAGGAAGGAGAGAAGCCUGAGCAGGAAGUGAUGUCACUGCUGCGAGGCCGUGUGCAGGAGCUCGAGCUGCAGAUGAGAUGCAUGCGAGAUGAAAUGGAGAACAAGCCAGCGGACGGAGACGCCGUCGGCCUGCGAGAGCAGUACCAGAGCGACCUCGACAGCCUCAAGGAGACCUGUGAACGCGGUUUUGCGGCGAUGGAACACACUCACCAGAAAGUGAUUGAGGACCUUCAACGGCAGCACCAGCGAGAGAUCAACAAGCUGUUGGAGGAGAGAGAGAGACUGCUGGAGGAGGAGACCCACGCCACCAUCGCUGCGAUUGAGGCAAUGAAGAAUGCUCACCGUGAGGAGCUGGAGAAAUCUCAGCGAGCACAACUGAGUGGAGUGAGCGCGGACAUUGAACAACUACACACGCAGUAUGAAGAGGAGUUGCAGUCUAUCCACCGGGAGCUGGAGGUGUUGUCUGAGCAGUACUCUCAGAAGUGUCUGGAGAACGCCCACUUGGUCCAGGCGCUGGAGGCCGAGAGACAGGCACUGCAACAGUGUCAAAGAGAGAACCAGCAGUUACACACGCACAACCAGGAGCUGAAUAAUCGUCUGACAGUAGAGAUUACACGCAUGCGGUCCUGCUUCAGUGGAGAGAAAACAGGUUCUCUAACGCAGGGCAAAGACCUGUACGAAUUGGAGGUUUUGCUCCGUAUAAAGGAAUCGGAGAUUCAGUAUCUGAAACAGGAGAUCAACUCCUUAAAGGAUGAGCUCCAGUCUGCACUGCGGGAUAAAAAGUAUGCUUGUGAUAAGUAUAAAGACAUCUACAGAGAGCUGAGCAUCGUGAGGGCCAAGGCUGACUGUGACAUCACCAAGCUGAGAGAGAAGCUACUGGCUGCCACAGAGGCGCUUGACGAGAGAGAGACAGACAGGGGCGCUGUUACCACCGGAUACGAUAUCAUGAAGUCGAAGAGUAACCCCGACUUGCUGAAGAAUGAGCGCUCCAGUCUGUCCAAGCCGACCCGUGGGGUCAGAUCGAAGAGUCUUAAAGAGGGACUGACAGUGCAGGAAAGAAUGAAGCUGUUUGAAGCAAAAGACUCCAGGAAGAUAUGAUACACACACACACACUCUCACACACACACACAAACACACUUAUCACCACACACACUAAGGAAGAUAUGAUCAGC